UCUUCCUCUGUGUGACUUCUGAGUCGGGCCCGUCCCUCUACUGUGAGAAGCGUUUGUGUCUUUCGCUCCAUGUGUUUCCCUUCACUUUCAUCAGCUUUGCUCGGGAGGGAAAGUACAUUUGAGCUCACCUCCUGGACAAAACAACAAAACCUCACAGCACUGACACACACUCUUUAUUUUUGACCUCACACACACACAGACAAAAAAAAAAACUAGCAGCAGCACAGGAAACAAAACUCUGAAGCCUGACUCAAGCAUCCUUUUGCGAGUCUCUCUUGAUUCCUAAGAUCACUCGAGCGUGUGUUGUUUGCGUCUUGCCGCCUGGGCUAUGUGUGAAUCUGGAAAGCAGUGUUAUGAAGGGGAAAGCUGUGUGGCACGCGUGGAUCAGCUGAAGAAACACAUUUGGGCACUGAUGAUCUGGGUCUCUAUCCUUUCUCUGGGCCUGGGAGUCUCCAUCACACUCCACUUCAUCUCCGAUCAGAGAUUAUCCACACCGACUGAUGAUACACGCUCUCAGCUCAGUACAUACAUCCUCGCCAAGGACAAACAAAACACGACACAUCUGGUGUGGCAAAGAAAAAAUGACGAAAAAGAAGACACUGUGAUAAGAAUCGAGGAGGAUGGGAAUUAUUUCCUCUUCCUCAAAGUAACCCUGCAGUCCCGGAAGCAGGGUGAGAAUUACACGGUGACGGUUCAGAAGCAGCCAGAAGGUAACUCUGCCAGUGAUAUCAUUGUGGGACAUAUCAACGGUACAGAGUACUCGACUGGAUUUAUGGGUAUAGGAGUGUAUCUGACUGAAAACACGCGGCUAAAUAUUACCUGCAGCCCUCUGCAAAAACUCGACGUACAUAACACUUACUUGGGCUUGAUUAAAUUCUGAUUCUUCGUGGGAGUGGUUUACACUUUCCUAAUCAUUAUUUUACCACGACAAGACAAUCAUGGAGAUAACUAUUUUGCCUUGCUUUCUUCUGUGUCUUCACGUUCGAGCUUCUUUUUUUUCUUCCUCUCGUCAUUAAGCCCUAUUUGGACAGCCUUAGUUUGAAUGUAGAUCCAUUGUAUAAAGGUGCCACAGGUGAUUCCACACGGUCUUAUAACUGUUUCAGACAUUUUUUUACAAGCAGAUUUCGAUUGCUGCUACAUGACGUAGAUUUCUUUGUGUGUUUAGAACGUUUUUUUUUGGCAAUGGAUGCUUUUAUAGGGUCUCCUUUAUUUACAUUUCACUUCAUCUUUAUAUUUGUAUUCAGAACUAAAACCAGUCAAAUGAACUAUAUGUAUAAAGCCUUACGUUUGUUGGCUAACAACCUGCUGGAUGGUUUUGUUUUAUUUGAUAGAAUUUAGCUGUUGUGUUUUUUGUUUUUUACUGGUUUUCCAUCUAUAGCAGUGUGUAUAUUUAGGAGUGCAAAAUACACUCAAUUCAGCACUACCCACGUUUACUAGAAUAGAUUUUGUCUAUGUUAAGUGACCCCCCCGGUGGUCCAGCAGCAGGAUCGUGUGCUCUCAUUGCCGUAGCUCGGGUCAGAUUCCCUGGCAGUGGUGGCUCAAGUGGUUAAGGCUCUGGGUUGCCCCCAGCACCACCAAGCGUCACUGUUGGGCAAUUGAGCAAGGCCCUUAACCCUCUCUCCAGCUUCAGGGGGUGCUGUAUCGUAGCUGCCCCUGUGCUCUGACCCCAACGUUCUCAGCUGGGAUAUGCAAAGAAAAGAAUUCCACUGUGCUGUAAUGUAUGUUUGGCGAUAAUAAAGGCUUCAUGGCCUCAGGCUUCAUGCUUAAGAGUUAACUCUCAGUGCCGGUCCCAAGCCCGGAUGAAAUGGGAAGGUCGAGUGAGUUAAGAUUUCUGACCUAAAGACCAGACGAUCGGCUGCGGUGACAGCAGCUGAAACAACAAGAUUUUGUUUUUAUUUAACAUGUUAACGAUAUAAAAAAAGAAGUGCCUCUGCAUGUGCAAUGUGUUGCAAAACGAACACACAUCAUGACUCUGUAAUUAUCCCCAGUGUUACAGUAUACACACACUUCCUAUGUUUAUCAUUAGUUUGGUUAUAUGCACAGAUUUGUACUGAAAGCAAAAAAUCCAGAUUAUUUUACAUUUUAUUUUUUAUUUUUUUAGGGUCACUAAAACCGUCAGGUCUAAUAUCUGUACAUGUAUAUAUAUAUAUAUAUGAAGUUUUUGGUUUUUAAUUUAUUUUUUGGUUUGUUCGUUCGAAAUGUACAUAAUUUUUCUUCUUCAAGGAAAACAAAAAAAGGUUGUUGUUUUGUUAUUUUGGUUUUUUAAAAUGUUGACAUGAAUGUAUUAAUAAGACCUGACUACAAGUUACUCACCUUGUUGCACAUUAUGAAUGUACAGACCUUUUUUUAAAUGAAUGAACGAAUGAAUGGAGAAAAAAAAGAAGAAUU